AAUGAAUGAGACCGAAAAUGACGGCGAAAGUAUAUUCGCGUGUCAGUUCUUUCGUUGCCAUAGCUACAGCCACCAUAUAGAUGGGUCACCAUAAGAGCUCGAGUUAAUGUUUAACCUCUCCACCCACAUUUGUAAAGAUCAGGAAAAAUCAAUAAGAUAACAGCCGGAGAGCGGGCCUUGCCUUACACCAACAACACCUUCCGCAAAAAAAGCAAAGCCACACGAGCUGGGCCAAACUGCCACAUCCUAUGAAGUAGAGAAAACGGAUUCGUUUAAAAGAAGAGGGGACCGAUAUGGUCAAUGUUAAUUCACAAGGCAGUGCGGGUAUGGACACUCCAUAUGAUUCCCCGCCCACCGAAGGCACCAACAUGAACAGCGGUGGUCACCUGGGCGUGGGCACCCUGUGUGCCAUCUGCGGCGACCGUGCCACGGGGAAGCACUACGGCGCGUCCAGCUGCGACGGCUGCAAGGGCUUCUUCCGCCGCAGCGUCCGCAAGAACCACGUGUACUCCUGCAGAUUCAACAGACAGUGCAUUGUGGACAAAGACAAGCGGAAUCAAUGCAGAUACUGCAGGCUGAAGAAAUGCUUUCGAGCGGGAAUGAAAAAAGAAGCUGUGCAGAAUGAAAGAGACAGAAUAAGCACCAGGAGGUCCAGUUACGAGGACAGCAGCCUCCCGUCCAUCAACGCGCUCAUACAGGCGGAGGUCAUGUCGCGGCAGAUAUCCUCACCUGUGUCCAUUCUGAACGGCGACAUGAGAGCGAAGAAGAUGGCCGCCAUCACGGACGUGUGCGAGUCCAUGAAACAGCAGCUGCUGGUCCUGGUGGAGUGGGCCAAAUACAUCCCCGCCUUCUGCGAGCUCCCUCUGGACGACCAGGUGGCAUUACUGAGGGCCCACGCGGGGGAGCAUCUUCUUCUAGGAGUGGCUAAGCGGUCCAUGCUGUUCAAGGACCUGCUGCUCUUAGGAAACGACCACAUUAUUCCUCGUAACUGCCCGGAGCUGGAAGUGAGUCGAGUGGCAGUGCGAAUUUUGGAUGAGCUGGUGCUGCCCUUCCAGGAGCUUCAGAUAGACGACAACGAAUACGCCUGUCUGAAAGCCAUCGUCUUCUUUGACCCAGACGCCAAAGGCCUCAGCGACCCUGGAAAGAUCAAGCGCAUGCGCUACCAGGUGCAGGUGAGCCUGGAGGACUACAUCAACGACCGGCAGUACGACUCGCGCGGGCGCUUCGGCGAGCUGCUGCUCCUGCUGCCCACGCUGCAGAGCAUCACCUGGCAGAUGAUCGAGCAGAUCCAGCUCGUCAAGCUCUUCGGGAUGGUGAAGAUCGACAACCUGCUCCAGGAGAUGCUCCUGGGAGGUUCUGCAAACGAGACGCACCACGCCCCUCACACCCUACAUCCUCACCUGGUGCAGGAGCACCUGAGCACCAACAUCAUCGUGGGCGGCAACAACAUGCCCACCCCCAUCCACAACGGCCAGAUCUCCACUCCCGAAACUCCGCUCCCCUCCCCACCGACGGCCUCCGGCUCAGAACACUACAAGCUGGCCCAAGGGGUCAUAGCCAUGGUGCCCAAACAACCCACCUCCAUCCCCCAACCCACCAUAACCAAACAAGAGGCCAUUUAACUCAGGGCCUAUCAAUCUCCUCUGGCACACAGCUAUGUAAAUAAUUUAUAGCAAGCUCAUUGUACAGUCUGAAGGGUAAAAAUGGCAGCGACACAGACAAAAUGCUUAAGCGUUUCCAGUAAAGAGGAGAGUGAGUCUUCGUGAUCUGCAAAGUGGGCGGAGCUGACACAUACUCUCGUGUGACUCACAGAUUUGAGCCAAUCGUAAUGGUCUACAGAGAGCGUGAUCAGAUCGAACAAGUUACCGGCAACACACUGUCCAGCUGGCUCCACCCAUUGUUGGUUUCUGAAAGGCUUAUUCUGCCAUCACUAGUUUAUGGUAAAAUAGCAGAUUUCUUUUUCAGUAAGUAGCUAUUUCUUUUAUUUGAAAAAAAACAAAAAAAACAAAACUGAUAGGUGAGCAGGCUAAAAGAGGAGCUACAGGUCACAUAUUAGUUUAGACAGAUUCUUAAAAUAUAUCCCCAUAGUGAGGAUAUUGUGUAACCCUCCCCUAGCAAUUUUUUCCCUUUGUACUUUACUCAGGGUCAUUUGACAUAAUACGUAGGGAAUAAUGUAUAUAUUCUAGUACAAACUAUGACUGUGUUCAAUUCAAGAUUAUAUAAAAAUAUUCUCUGCAUUAUCAGCCUGCUUUAUCCUUAUUCUUAAAUUAUUUUUUUAAAAAGCUUAUUGUAAGCUAAUUUACUGGUGCAUUAUUACAGCGGAAAUGUACGCAUACAUUUUGCUCAAAUAAGAUUCAAUAGAAGACAAAACAGUGAUGCUACACAGCAAAUGAAAUUACUUCCAUAUGGGCAUAAGGUUGUGACAUUUGUAUGGCUCACUGCUAUCUAUAUUUAUGUUUCCACAAUAUGCAGAACCAGAGAACAUAAACGACAUUGGUGAGUCUAAGACUCCGGUAAACCUAGGUUUAAUGCCAUUAUUAGUGUACAUUAAGUUUGAUAAAUAAAUUGGGGUUUUAAGAAGAGAACUAUUCUUCUUUAGUAGUGAGUCAGCUGUUUUUUCUUUCCUGUUCACCAAACUGUCCUUUCGUUGGCUUUUCCCCCUAUUAGAUCAGUUAUGUUUUAGUCUAUAUAGUGACAAUAGCUGUUUCUAGGUUGUGCACGUUCUGCAUUUCCCGAUGGACCCAAGUAAUUGGCUUGUCCUGUACUUCAUAAUUAAUUUAUUACAAGUAUAUAUUUGCUUUAAAUAUAAAAUAAAAAAUAAAUGGUGCUUAGACCAUUUCUAUGUAAAUUAUUUUAAAUCUGUUCAUUUUGUAUGACUGUAAAUGUGCAACAUAAAUGGUGCAACUACUCUUUUGGGAAAUACUUUUUAUAAACAAUGUCAAAAAAGAUGAACAUCUUAAAAAGAUUUACAUUUUUAGCAUUUACAGUUUUCUUUUCAUUAAAAUGAUUGAGGAAUGUUUUGUAAUUUAAUACAAGACAAACUCAUUGAUCACUAAUUUCAUUUCAAAUGAUUCUGUGUGAAGUGCCUGAAGCCACUGGAAAGAGUAGAUCAACCUACAAAGAGUCUACUUUAAUGCAUAAAUGGGUAUGACGUUUUUUACAUAAAAUGCUGAAGGGCUAUGCUGUUUGACAAAAGUGGCUCACAUUCAACAGUGCCUUUGUCAUGAAGGAUAUGGGGUGUUUUAACAUGUAAAAUCAAAACAUUAAAUGUGUUUUUUUUAAAUAAAUAA